AUGGCUUCCAGCAGGGUUGGCGUGAGCGCUGCUGGCACGCCAAAUGAAGCACCAGAAAUUCCAGACAACGUGGGAGAUUGGCUCUGGGGUGUCUACCGUUUCGCCACUGACAGGAACGAUUUCCAGGGGAACUUGAUCCUCAAUUUGGGACUUUUUGCUGUGGGAGUAUGGCUGGCUAGGAAUUUGAAUGACAUUGACCCAAUGGCACCUCAGCCGGGAGUGUAGCCAAAUAGACACAUGGAACCCCCUGUGCUGUACUUGAACCUUCCAAAACCAGAGCCUCCAAUUUAUGACCGUCAC